AUGGCGCAGCCGCCGCAAUGGAAGGCGAUGUACCAGUAUGUGACGCGACGGGCGCACGACGGCUGCGCCCGCGUCGAGGAAAGCGUCGCCGCGGCGCGCGGAGCGCUGGCGACCCCGAUGGUGCUGGACACCCGCGACGCCGCGGGGCGGUGCACGUUGCUGCAUUCCGCGGUGACCCACGUCGAGCACGCAUCCGACUGCCUCUCCGGUUUCAUAGUCAGCGUGGUGGUGGCGGAGCUCCUGGUGCUCCAUGGCUGCGGGGCCGUCCCGUCGAGGCCGGUGGCCAGCAUCGACGGCCUCCGCCGCAACCGCGACGACCACGACGAGUGGCUCGCUCUGAGCAGGCUCGAGGCCGCCAGGGAGCACGGCCAGGACGCGCUCCGCGGAGUGGAGGGGGCCUUCACCCUCCUGGCCUCCGUCCGGUUCAUGCUUCGCAGCCGGACCCCCGACGCCGCCGGGCGCCGGCAAGCCAUGGAAGAGCAGCUCCACGCCGCCGCCGUCGAACUUCAGGCCGUGGUGGGCAGCGUGGCGAACAUGUCCGCGCUGGCUUUCUUGGCCACUCAGCCUGCCAUCCGCAACCGCAUCCAGUGAGAGGUCCCUUCACUAGCUCUCCACGGUCUGCUUGCUUGAUAUCGAUCGUUCGCGUUGGCUAGGGCUGUUUUGUUUCCUUGAUCUUGCGAAGCCAUGGAUGAUCUAUCCGCCCGUACGUCGAAUUCGACGUACCUUUUUCGGUUCUGUUUGCUACUAUCAACGAUCGAUUAGCAGUACUUUUCUGUUUGUCAACUUGUUGUUAAUCUUGCUUGGUUCAUCACUUAAUCACUACCAUGAUGUAUAUAUAAAUAUAUGUGUGAUCCCCUAAAAAAAACAUGAUGUAUAUAUGAUGCGUC